CGAGCACGUCGUCUUCAACGAGUAAUGUCUUAGGAGAGUCAGUGGGAACAACCAAAAUUUCUACUGAUGCACGUGAGAUAGUUGUAGCGAAACGCAUAGAAGACCAUCCUCCUCUUCGUCCGGGGUUGAUGCAACAUCUGACCAACUUGGCAAAGUUGUUUCACCCGAGUCGCGGCCUACCCGUGAGUGAUUUUCGGUGUUGCUGCUUCACCAUAUUCCACUUUUAUGGGAGAAGAUUGAGCAGGUUCGAUUAAAAAGAUGUACUUGAAUAUCACUGAUUAAAUCUUCCUCGUAGAAUGUUUUCAUGUUGAACCUUCAGUACCUUUACCGGAUCUUGUUAAAGCCUGCGAAAUAGUUCAGUGCUCAUCCACUUAGAGAGUCUCGCUCUAAGGUCCAGCUGAGCGUUUCCUGGAUUCCGUCGCGGAGGAGCAUCUAGAAGAGGUUAAAAAGGCCACCACGUCCAGCACUUCUACAGGAACUACAAACAACAGGCAACUAGCGGAAUUGUUGCUAGCAAUAUUGGCGCAUUUAGCUCUCGAUGUCGAGAUAUGUCGGACUUGGCCAUUUGAUUUGGUCCUGCGCAUCUGUAAUUUACCCGGAAGCGAUGCCCGUUUGCGCGCUAGGGGGCUGGAAGGCCUGGGAAGAUGGUC